AUGCAACAGAGCAUGGACCUCCUCACCGUCCGGUGCACCAACUUCGGCUUCACUAUCAACACGGACAAAACGUUGGUCAUGCACCAACCGUUACCCAACACGCAACACUGCAUUCCUCCUCGAAUCACUGUCGACGACCACCAACUCAAAACCGUGGACAAUGUUGCUUAUCUUGGAAGCGCACUUUCCAAUAGCUUCAGAAUAGACGAUGAGGUUGCCCACCAGAUCUCCAAAGCCAGCCAGGCCUUCGGUCGGUUGCAAGUCUCUGUGUGGAAUCGCCAUGGCCUUCAUCUGAACAUCAAAACUGAAGACGUACAAGACCGUCGCCAUAGUGAUACUUCAAUAUGGAGCAGAGACCUGGACCGCCUACGCAAACCAUGUCAGGAAGCUCAGCCACUUCCAUUUCAACUGCCUUCGCAGAGUACUGAGGCUGAGAUGGCAGGACAGAAUCCUGGGCACGGAAUUCCUGAGACGGACCGGAAACCUCCGCAUCCACGCCUUGCUGAGACGACUGCAACUGCGAUGAAGCAACCACCUCGUGAGAGUAGAUGA